AGCGGACGAACGCAGAGUUUUCACUGUGGAUUACGAACGUUGUAAGAACUAAUUACAAAAUAUAUUCAAGGUUUCGUGGACAUGGACUUGCUAAAACAGUUUUUGCCGGGAUCAACAAAGGCUGAUCAUAGUAGCUCAGAAAAGCAGUUUGAAGAACUGAAACAAGAAAGUUUAGAAAAGGAGAAUGCAGCACUGAAACAAGAACACGAUCAACUGGUAGAACUGAAACAAGUUCAUGAUCAAUUUCUAAAGAAAUUUAGUCCCGGCGGUUUUUGCAACACUUGUUUCAGAGAGAAGAUGGUUUUGCUUGGGUUCAGUCCUUUAUUAAUUGCUUCGCUGAUCAUCAACUUUGUGUCUUCAAGAAGCUUGAUCAAAAAUGUUUCCAUGAAGAGUAUUGUGGGUGUUUCAGUCAUCAGCAACUACAUGUGCUGUUGUGAACCCAGAAUAGAUCAUGCUGAAAUUCUGAAGAAGUUAAAUGUAGUGGGAUAUGUUACAAAUGGAGUAUGGCAACAGAUUUGUAAAGCCAAAACUGAAGUGACCCUGAAUCCUGACACAGCCGGCCCAGGACUUGCAGUCAAUGUAGAUGAAUCACUGGUGAAAUUCACAGGGGAGAGAGAAGCAGAGUGGCCCAGUGUGCUGGGCAGGGAGGUGUUCACCUCAGGGAGACACUACUGGGAGGUGGAGGUGGGAGAGAAGGGCUACUGGGCUGUGGGAGUCUCCACACACCCUGGAGAGAAGAUCAUACCUGAGAAACCAGAGGAGGGCUACUGGCUUGUGAGACUGUCAGCUAGAGGGAGGAAGUAUGAAGCAGUGGGCAAGAGCCUGGUCACUCACCCUCCUCCAUCCCAACAAGAGAGCCAGUCCCCUCUCCCUCUCACACUGGAACACAAGCUCUAUAAUGUGGGGAUGUAUCUGAACUAUUGGAAAGGGGAAUUGUCAUUUUACAACAUCUAUGAUGCUGACAAUAGAUAUGCAAUGCAUACUUUUAAAUACAACUUCCCUGAGGUGGUUUACCCCGUCUUCAGCCCAGGCUGUCACGAUAAAGCACCUUUGAAAAUCACCAGGUUUGAUUCAACAUCAAACUCUCCAUUCAGAAUUACAAUUUAGCAUUGCAAUAUCUACAGCAUUGCUUUAUCUACAGCAUCACAAUAGAGCAUUGCUAUAUGUACAGCAUCAUAAUACUGCAUUGCUAUAUCUACAACAUUGCUUUAUCUACAGCAUCACAAUACAGCAUUGCUAUAUGUACAGCAUCAUAAUACUGCAUUGCAAUAUCUACAGCAUUGCUUUAUCUACAGCAUCACAAUACAGCAUUGCUAUAUGUACAGCAUCAUAAUACUGCAUUGCUAUAUCUACAGCAUUGCUUUAUCUACAGCAUCACAAUACAGCAUUGCUAUAUGUACAGCAUCAUAAUACUGCAUUGCUAUAUCUACAACAUUGCUUUAUCUACAGCAUCACAAUACAGCAUUGCUAUAUGUACAGCAUCAUAAUACUGCAUUGCUAUAUCUACAACAUUGCUUUAUCUACAGCAUCACAAUACAGCAUUGCUAUAUGUACAGCAUCAUAAUACUGCAUUGCUAUAUCUACAACAUUGCUUUAUCUACAGCAUCACAAUACAGCAUUGCUAUAUGUACAGCAUCAUAAUACUGCAUUGCUAUAUCUACAGCAUUGCUUUAUCUACAGCAUCACAAUACAGCAUUGCUAUAUGUACAGCAUCACAAUACUGCAUUGCUAUAUCUACAACAUUGCUUUAUCUACAGCAUCACAAUACAGCAUUGCUAUAUGUACAGCAUCAUAAUACUGCAUUGCUAUAUCUACAACAUUGCUUUAUCUACAGCAUCACAAUACAGCAUUGCUAUAUGUACAGCAUCAUAAUACUGCAUUGCUAUAUCUACAACAUUGCUUUAUCUACAGCAUCACAAUACAGCAUUGCUAUAUGUACAGCAUCAUAAUACUGCAUUGCUAUAUCUACAACAUUGCUUUAUCUACAGCAUCACAAUACAGCAUUGCUAUAUGUACAACAUUGCUUUAUCUACAGCAUCACAAUACAGCAUUGCUAUAUCUACAACAUUGCUUUAUCUACAGCAUCACAAUACAGCAUUGCUAUAUGUACAACAUUGCUUUAUCUACAGCAUCACAAUACAGCAUUGCUAUAUCUACAACAUUGCUUUAUCUACAGCAUCACAAUACAGCAUUGCUAUAUGUACAGCAUCAUAAUACUGCAUUGCUAUAUCUACAACAUUGCUUUAUCUACAGCAUCACAAUACAGCAUUGCUAUAUGUACAGCAUCAUAAUACUGCAUUGCUAUAUCUACAGCAUUGCUUUAUCUACAGCAUCACAAUACAGCAUUGCUAUAUGUACAGCAUCAUAAUACUGCAUUGCUAUAUCUACAACAUUGCUUUAUCUACACGUUAAGUUUGAAAAGCUGACGCCUCGCUAAGUGGUAGGCGUUUCAGGCAGUUGGAUAUAAACAAGUGCAGAGGCUGAUACAUGAUUUUUUCCAGUGUUUCUUUCUUUUUUUGACAACACGUACAGUAUGUGAUAAGUUAACCCUAUAUUAUUCGUGUGUGUGUGUGUGUGUGUAUAUAAUUUGUAAAGCUUAUGAGGCAAUUUUGUAGUUACAAUUAUGAACUCUGGGUAAUGUAUCCUUGUCAUUUUCAAAAGCGCUCUGUGCAUGCAUCAUUCAAUUAGAGCUAACAUCUGUCUGUACCUCGAGGACUAUAUAAAGAAGGAUAGGACAGUGAUGUCACAAGUGGGCGGAGUUAGUAAACAAUGGCGCCAUUUCUGGAGCCCGUAAGAGCGCGUUAGUUACUCGCAAUGCUUUUAACCUGUACGCAUUGCGUGCCCUUGCUAAAUGAUUCUUGACAUAUUGCAGGUUUAAAACUGAACCAGUAGACAGACAGUCACUUUAUAUCAACAAUAUGUUUCAUUGUUAAUAAAAAUAAUAGUGGGAUAUAUCAUCCUGGCGCUGCAGCACAGCAUCGCCAACCAACUGCAGUGCAUACAGAACUGAGUGGGAUCCCCAAAAGACACCUGUGACACAGUACUGAACUGCAUCAUGGGAGUGACUGUCCUAUUCUAUAUAUAAAGCAGCACAGCAAGUGUGCAGACACGAAGAAGAAAAACGUAUGGUUUCAAUACUGUAUUUUAGAAUUGAAUUAUUAUUUGUACAAGUACUGUUUAAAUACUCUAUAUGCAAAUGCAUGUAAUACAAACACACAUUAAUAAUAUAUAUGCAGUAUAUGAAUAAAAAUUGAGGUCACUUCUACGUUGGGUAAAUUAACGACCCUGUUGUAUGAAAUAUUUUUUUGCAUGUAUUUUCAUUCUGU